AUGGAUGCGAGGGAAUUAGAUGUACUCCUUGCCUUGUGUGAUGCUUCGCCCUCAGUGAAUAAAAGCCAAUAUGCGUCGAGGCUGGUCUCGCAAUUGUAUCCAUAUCUCGCCGAGUCCCACAGCCAGGUCUUCCGAUCCUCUCCUUUCUUGCACAAUGUGAAGCCUUCUCCUUGGGAAAUACUCACUCAAAAGGUGACACUGGCCCUGCUUUCGUUGGGUGCUAGCCAGCCUUCACUACGUCCAACGGUUUUCGGAGCUGUCAACGAGUAUUUAAACAGCUGUGCGGAAGUUAUCCGGGGAGUUGUUCCUCUCCAACGCUGCGAUUCCGAUGGAGAUAAAUACGGUGCUUUUCAAGAGCAUAAGCGGAUUCUCUCUCUAACCGUCUCCCUCGUUGGUUUCUUGCAAGCCUUGGCACAAUUCACUUCCCUUUGGUCGGCCAAUGAGAAACUUCAAAUAAUAGAGUGUGUGCGGUCGAUGUUGUCAGAAGGUUUCAUGGUUGCAAUCGAGACUGCUUCCUCUACUGUACGCAAUGCGAGCAUCUCAGAUCCCUCACUCAGGGAUUGGAGAAGAUACACACGCCGAUAUGCUGUAAAUAGACGUCCUCUUGGGGCCAUGCUUUUGCAACAAGGCUUCAUGCGCUUCGUUAAAUCAUGCGCCACUUCCCUCUUUGUGGCACAAAAUUUGUCUGACGAAGAGCUUCUUGACGACUACAUGAAUGGUGUUGGUAUCGCCAGGAGCCAUGAUGAUGCGGAGAUAUCCCUCAUCAAUCGUAUAACGGAGAUGAUUGCUAGUGAGAUCCAACUGCUUGAUGAUGGUUCUGAUUAUCUCCAACUCGGUUCAACAUGGCAACAACAGUUGACUUUCUCAGUGAAAGCGUUUGCCCUCGUUGGGUAUCUCAACUGUGUUAUACUAAGUGAAGAUACCGCAAAUAGUGAAGCUUUUCUAUCUUGGUUGGAGGACACUCUGGCUGAUCCAAACCAGAUGGCUAGCGUUGAGCUAGCAACAGCCACACUCAAAAGCAUAGCUAUCAUUUCAAGGAUGUCCUUGGCUGGUGCAUCCUCCGGGAGUCGCUCUCUCCUGAGGUUUAUAGUUGAGGGGGGUGCACCGGCUGGGUACACUGGCUCAGUCGCUGCAAAGUGCCUUGCUCAAAUUCUUAGCACCCUGUCACAAGAUGCCGUCAUAACGACCCUGUACUCUCUUGGGAACGCUCUGAGCCCCGGUUCUAGCAGCGACAAGUCUUAUCACGGUCAGCCUGUGAUUGAUACUGCAGGGCACCUCGGCGCUGUUUCUCCUUUUCCACCACCAGUGAGGAACGAAAGCAUGGUCUCUCUCCCACCUGCCAGUGACCACGACAAUGUAACCCGCAAGAAUAUAUUGCAUGCUAUUGUGACGAUUGCUACCACUUGUGGCGAUGACAAGAUUAGCGCACUGGCGCAAUCGAUGCUUUUACAAAAGAUUGGCAAAGUCAACAUCGCUGUUGAUGCGUUCAUUAUCAAGGAAACUGCCGCUCUUUCCUUGAGUACCGGACAAGCAGAGUUUCAGCUCCUGCUCAAAUUCUAUGAUCGACUUCAUCGCGAUAGUGUGGCCCGGGGUUAUAAAAAUGUUAGUGACGCAAUAGAGAGCGCAAUGACAUACAUAUCCCUCGCUCUCAAGAGGAAAUCCCCGUUGUUUCGUAUCUAUCUGGUGCACCUGCUGGAAUGUAUUGUGAACAAGGGGGACGCUACAAACGAAACCGAGCAGCCAAAAGACUUAGUUUUGGCCCCGGAGAAUGUCAGUCCACUUCUCCGGCCUCUGGCCUUGCUUUUAUCGUCCAAUAACGAGAAUUGGGAAUAUUCUUGGGAAGAUCCGGUCUUUGACGAUGAUAUCUGCUCAUUGCUUCGUGACGCCUGGUUUAAUAUCUCUGUUCAUGGUAUUUCACUCCGCUCUGGUGUUGCUCGAAGUCAUGCUCGAGAGUUGCGCUUGCUUGCAAUGCAUACACCACCUCUCGUUGCUGAGAACCGUAUGGAGAUGCUUGAAAGUGAUGUGGAGCUCAAUACAAUUCUCAGACGUGGGAUGGGCUCCCAUCGACUAAUAGAUCAGAAAAGAACUCUGAUGGCCGAGCUUUCGCGUUGUGAAUCGGAGAUCAAACACUUGGAUUACCCGAGAGUUGUUUUCUUGAAUGCUGCUCUCCUGGUGGAGAGCCUCCGCGCAUCAUCAGGAGAUUGCACGAGAAUUCUCAACUAUCUUCGUGAUCCGGCAUUGAACACAGCUGACAUGGCUCGUUGCAUGAGUUUCAUUGCAGACAAGGUUGUUACUGCUUACUUGUCUCGAACACUCUCGGGCUCACAGGAGAAGUUCUCUGUCCCCUAUUUAUCAAAGGAACUGGCCCAGUUCUUUGUAGCUUGCUGUCACCGUAUAGAGAGGGUGCAAAGUGUGGCCGUCUUGUGUGCGGACAAGAUCAUCAAGGAAUGCCCUUCUGCCCUCUGUGAAAAGCAAUCGCUUUUUGCUUUGCUUGAAUUACUGACUGUUAUGUGGUCCUCCUGUCUGGAGGAAGAAAUGGAUGAGUUUGAAUGGAAACCUUCGUGCACCUCGCCUAUGGGCCUCGUCACGGUUGAACUCUCUGACAACUAUAAUCUCAGAAGGAGGACAUUGGCUACAUUCCUCGAGCGAGCCAAGGAGUGGGUAACAGCGGUUAUCAAUAUCGCACCUCUGGACGUGAAAGGCCUCCUUCAAACCUAUUUAUCUGCUUCCAACGAUAGUGUUAGCUGUAAUCAAAUUUCGUUGGGGCGCUCGUUCGCACUUGAUAUGGGCUCGGCUAUUCCACAGAGCGAUCAGCUGCUUGAAUCUAUUUUGGAUCAAAGAUCCAUCAAAAUCAACGUUUCCUCAGAUUUUAUUGCUCAGUACACCGUUCGGCAGCAAUCCCGCGCCUCAAAUUUGCCUGCCCUUGAGCAUUCAGGGCUGAGAUACACUGAGAACAAUGGUAUGUGUUCUAAGAGAAACUGCUCAUAUCUGAAGACAGCCUGGUCUGUUGAAAAUAUCAAAAACAUGCUGUCUCACCUCCAUGACCGACUCAAAUCAGGAGUUGAUAUAUCCCCCUCCGAUUUCAGAGCCACCUUGAGAAGGGCUGCCGCUUCUUUGCGUGAAGCGAGCUGCCUUCAUCAUUUAGUCAUCCAUCCCCUGGUGUCUCUGCCAUUCCAGAUGUUUUCCGAGAUGUCAAUGAAUGUUGGUAUCUCGCUGUGGCUUGGAGUGAUACAAGAGAAUCCUGAACUCAAACCAAGGAUUUUGACAGAAGUGAUUGAAGCCUGGGAAGAAACCAUUGUGCGCAGAAAGGGCCUCUUUGACCCUUCUUUGACCUGGGUCGACCCAAUGUACUCAGAAAUCGAACUUCUUCCCAGUGAUAAAACUUCACUUCUCGAGCAGCAGCAAACGGCCCAGGCCACUCUUGCACCGCAUCUCCUCUUACUCCAGUUCUUUGUGAGCCAUUUCAAAGCAAUUUGGCUGGGCAACGUGCAGACGCGCCGAUUAUUUGGUCGUCUUAUUGAUAGGACCACCAUCGGGCUUCAGCGAACAAAUGGCCACCCUCUGGCAAGGGAACUUCAUUUUCGUAUCAUCCUGUUUGGUCUGAGGAUCCUGCGUGAUUCCCAUCCGCCGGACACAGUUGCUUCAUGGAAGCUUAGAGAUCAGAUAUUGUCAGCCGCGCUUAGUUGGUUUAAGCACCCACCUAGGUGGUCAUUCGGGGGAAAUCGACUGCAGAUCAAGGCUGAAGACAAAAUACUCGAUGACGUUACCCAUGCCCUGGGUCUUCUGUCCGAUGUACCACAUCACGGCCGAAGACACUUCAAAUCCCUCCAAAGCAAGCAAGAUCUACUGCAGCUUCUCAUUGAUAAUGAGAGAUUGCGCCUUCGAGUUUGGCUGUAUCCUUUGGAAGGAGAUCGCAAACACUUCGUUCCGCAAACUUCCGGAAACAAAAGCUCCACAGAGGAUGCCAUAUCUUUUCUGCGGCUAGCUUGGGCUGAAGACCCAGGCCUAGCGAUCCAACUAUCAUCUCGUUUCCCAACUCAAAGGAUGAAAGGUGACGUCCGAUGGCUACUGAUCAACUUUCCAGAAAAAGCUCUUGAUGAAGCCAGUAGUCUCGAAAUCAUUCUGGGUGCAGCUCUCCCUUCGGAUGUAUCUUUCCAAUUGAAGUAUCUAUUAUAUUGGGCACCGGUGAACCCUACAGAAGCAUUGACCUAUUUCUUACCUGCAUAUGGAAACCAUCCGUUCAUUCUGCAGUACGCCAUGAAGGCCUUGGAGAGCCACCCUCUGAGUGUUCGGUUCUACUUCGUACCACAGCUCGUUCAAGCCCUGCGAUAUGAUCUUUUGGGCUAUGUGGAGCGCUAUAUACUUGAGACUGCUAAGCAAUCACAGCUGUUUGCCCACCAAGUUAUCUGGAACAUGAAAGCAAACUCCUAUAAAGAUGAAGAUUCUCAGAUUCCGGAUCCUCUCAAACCGACGUUGGACCAGUUCAUGGACACACUCAUAGCAAGCUUCAGUGAAGAAGAGCGUGACUUCUAUGAGAGAGAGUUUUCUUUCUUCAAUGAUAUCACCGGCAUCUCUGGAAAGCUGCGACCAUACAUCAAAAAGAGCAAACCCGAGAAAAAGGCUAAGAUUGAGGAGGAACUCCGUAAGAUCCAAGUGGAAAUUGGCGUGUAUCUUCCGAGUAAUCCUGAGGGCGUCGUCGUUGGGAUCGAUCGGAAGUCCGGUAAACCACUACAGAGUCAUGCGAAGGCUCCAUAUAUGGCAACUUUUCGAAUCCAAAAGACAAGAAAUCGGCAUGGUGAAGGAAAGACGCAGGGCACAAGUGGACCGCAUGCCUCCGAAAGUAACGAGUUGAUGGAAAGCCCAGAAUCUUUUGUCUGUCAGUCAACGCGAGAGGAGACUUACGAAGUUUGGCAGUCUGCUAUCUUCAAGGUCGGUGAUGACUGCCGUCAAGACAUGUUAGCCCUGCAGAUGAUUGCAGCGUUUCGGAGCAUAUUUGCCAGUGCUGGGCUCGAUGUUUGGGUGUUCCCAUAUAGGGUGACAUCAACAGCUCCUGGUUGCGGCGUCAUUGACGUGCUUCCGAAUUCGAUUUCUCGUGACAUGUUAGGUCGUGAAGCCGUGAACGGACUUUACGACUAUUUCGUUUCUAAGUACGGGGGGGAGGAUUCCACGCGUUUUCAAGAAGCACGUACAAAUUUUGUGAAGAGUAUGGCCGCUUAUUCGGUCAUCUCUUACCUCUUACAGUUCAAGGACCGACAUAACGGCAACAUCAUGAUCGAUGAUGCUGGCCAUAUCAUCCACAUCGACUUUGGGUUCUGCUUUGAUAUUGCGCCAGGCGGUGUGCGAUUUGAGCGCGCCCCUUUCAAGCUUACGUCCGAAAUGGUUGCUGUGAUGAGCGGUAUGCCUCAUCCACAUACCCAUGCACAUGGCAGCUCAGGUGGAGGGCUUGGAUUAUCUGCAGGACACUCGUACAACCCCACUACUACACAACCGUAUCGAUGGUUCGAAUCCCUUGUCGUGAAGGCCUUUCUGGCUUCCCGUCCUUAUUGCACGAAACUUUCCCAUAUUGUGUCGUUGAUGCUAGACAGUGGCUUGCCCUGCUUUAAGCCUGAUACGCUUAAAAAUUUCCGGGAUCGGUUUGUUUUGGAGAAGAGCGAGAGGGAAGCAGCUGAAUACAUGAGGGAGCUUGUCCGCAAGUCCUAUAUGAGCGUUUCGACCAAGGGAUAUGAUCAGUUCCAGCUGUUGACCAACGGGAUUCCUUACUGA